AGUACCCCCAUCGCCGCACGCCUGUUCACCAUUCUUAUCAGAAAUACAGCACACACACACACACACACCGCUUUUUUUUAUUAGAAACAGGACUUCGAGCAGCUUUCUUGCUCUGUCUCACCGUCUAUCCAACAAUGCGCUCCUCCGCGACGCCGAUGAUGCGGUGUACCCUGCCGCUGCUCGGUGGCAAACCCGCUCUUGGCGAUUACUUCGGCGCCACCGCCCCCACUGCCCAGGCACCAGAGGGACUCUCCUUCGGCUUUACAGAUCAGCAGCUGCAGUACCAGGAGACGGCUCGAAAAUUUGCCAAGGAAAAGAUGCUGCCCGCCGCGGCGGAGUACGAUAAAUCGAUGAAGUUCCCCCACGAUAUCUACAAACAGGCAUGGGAGCUCGGGCUCACGAACAUGCACAUCCCAGCGAAGUACGGCGGGCUGGGUGCCGGGGUGCUGGACAGCGUGAUUGUGCAAGAGGAGAUGGGCUACGCCUGUGCCGGUAUGUUUACCGCCUUUACCGGCAACGAUCUCGCCGAGACACCGCUGCUCAUUGCGGGGUCCGACGCCCUCAAGAAGAAGUACCUCACCCGCAUGGUGGAGGAGCCGCUGCUCGCCUCGUACGCCAUGACGGAGCCGACGUGUGGGUCUGACGUGGCCGCGAUGAAGACAGUCGCCAAGAAGGAGAAGGAUAAGUGGGUGAUCAACGGGUCGAAGAUGUGGAUCACCAACGGUGGGGUGGCGAACUGGUUUUACGUAAUCGCCCGCACCGAGGGCGGCUUUACGGGGUUUAUCGUGGACGGCGACGCGCCGGGCCUGACGCGCGGACCGAAGGAGAUCAUGCUGGGCCAGCGGUGCAGCGACACGCGCGGGAUUACCUUCGACAACGUCGUCGUGCCGGAGGAGAACGUUGUUGGUGAGGUCGGCAAGGCGUUUUAUGUGGUCAUGAAGACGGUGGACAGCACACGGCCACCGGUGGCGAUUGGCGCGGUGGGUCUGGCGCGGCGGGCAACGGAUGAGGCGACCAAGUACGCGCGUGAGCGCGUCACGAUGGGGAAGCCCAUCGCCCAGCAUCAGGCCAUCGCCUUUAUGCUGGCCGAGAUGGCCGCCGGCGUGGAGGCGUGCCGGCUGCUGUGCUACCGCUCGGCGUGGGAGGCGGACCAGGGCCGCCGCAACACCUACUAUUCGUCGUGUGCGAAGAUGAUGGCGGCGAACUUGGCGGAGCGGUGCGCGAACAACGCGGUGCAGAUCUUUGGCGGUAACGGCUACAAUACCGGAUACCCGCUGGAAAAGCUGUACCGCGACGCGAAGCUCUUCUCGAUUUACGAGGGCACCACACAGAUUCAGCUUGAGAUCAUCAGCCGCUUCGUGACGGGUGCGCGCCACUGA